GUUUACCCUGCGCCGCCUGGCAACAGUCCGCAUGCUCAGGAUUACCGCAGGAGCUCCCUUUCAACACACAGAAAAGUUUUGAAUUCACUUAGUCCUUUUUUUUUUUUAGUGGGGAAAAAGGAGAGUUGGGUAUAUGAGGUGAACAGGAGGAGUGCUGUGACUUGGAUCAUCAGUUCUUUCUUUCUCUCUUUCUUUCCUCUGUUUUGUGCGUGAGCGGCGCUCGUGUGUUUGUUUUCGUUCGUGCGGUUGCGAGCGUUGUGGAAGGGGCCCGCGUCGCGCGCCAUGGAUCACACACUCUUCGGCUGCCUGCGCAGCCCCCACGCGUCUGCGCAGGCCCUGCAUCCCGCCUUCGCGCAGACGCUGCACGGCCGCUCCGACCACAUCUCCUACCCCGACCUGGCGGGCGCCUCGUCCUCCUGCAUCGUGGGUUACCCGGGCGACGAGGGCCUGUUCGGUGGGCAGCACCACCGGGGCCACCUCGCACAGCAGCACCAGCACCCCCCACCGCAGCACCAACACGGCUGGCACAUUCCGCCCAUGCCCUCGCCCUCGCCCGCCAGCGCCCGCCACAGCCUCUGCCUCCCCACCCCCGCCAGCGCCUCCCCCGACCUGGGCCCCGGUGGCCCCAGCCUCUGUGCCAGCACCCCCAGCCUGGGGGCCAGCACCCCCACGGGGGCGUCCUGCGUUCCCGGGGACUUUGGGCGGCAGGCGCUGUCCCCUGCCGAGGCGGAGAAACGCAGCGGCAAGAGGAAAAGUGACAGCUCAGAUUCUCAGGAUGGGAACUAUAAGUCCGAUGUGAGCAGCAAACCCAGAAAAGAGAGGACAGCAUUCACCAAGGAACAGAUUCGUGAACUGGAGGCCGAGUUUGCCCAUCACAACUAUUUGACAAGGCUGAGGCGCUAUGAGAUAGCUGUGAAUCUUGACCUCACAGAAAGACAGGUGAAGGUUUGGUUUCAGAACAGAAGGAUGAAGUGGAAACGUGUGAAAGGCGGGCAGCAAGGGGCAGUCGCGCGGGAAAAAGAACUGGUCAAUGUUAAAAAGGGGACACUACUGCCGUCAGAGUUCUCUGGCAUUGCGGGACUUCACCACUCUGCAGACUCCCUGGUCAAUGAGGACAGUCACGACAGCGAUCAGAGCUCGGACCACGCUCACUUAUGAUUGAUG